AUGUUCCGUUACCGUCUUUCCAAGCUCAAGGCAAGUGUUCGUGCCAAAAAGAAAGAUGAAGGCCCAUUUGUGGCAGUUAUUGAGAACCCGUUAUUCGUCGACGAUUUAAUCCUUGACGAGCUUCGUGAUUUGAGAAGAUUGAAGGCUAUCUUCUCUAGUACUUCAAGAAGAACUCCUGAAUACAAUCUGGGAGACUCUUCGCCAAUGUCGUCUCAGUUUUCCUAUAAAAGUGGUAUCGAAUCUAACGAUACUUCUGUUGCUCCAGUUCGCUCUUCAUGUUCAAUUUUAGAAUUCUGCAUGAAUCCUGAACGUCUUGCAGUUUUCUCUACAAGCUCAAUUCUGGAAAAUAUCCAGAACGAUGAGACUGCUUCAGUCUGUUCUUGUGACUCAGGUUCAGAUUUUUCUGAUGAAGCAUCUGAAUUUGCAUCCAUUAGAGCCAUAAAGUCAGUUCCAGAGAGAAUUGAUUCGUCUGAGACCGUUGAAGUUUGCUCUUGUGACUUAGAUCUAGAGAUCAUCCAAGACGAUGAAACUUCCAAACGCACUUCCAAUUCGGCUGUGCAGUCAAUCCCAGAGAUAAUUGUAUCCUCUAAUACUGGUGCACAUUGCUCUUCUAGAUCAGAGCCCGAGAAUAUCCAUGUUGAUGAAGCUUCGGAAUGCGCUUCCAGUUGGGAUAUGGAGUCUAUCCAAGAGAUAAUUGGCUCUUCCAGGGCUUCUGAAUGCGUUUUAAUACCACUACCAGAGGGUGAGGCUGAUCUAAAGAGAGAAUUGAAGGGGUUGUUACUACAUCUAGAAAAUGUUAAGGAGCAAUUAUAUGAGUUGUGGCUUACUGAAGGCUCAAAUCAUCCUUUCUACUCCUUGUUGGACUCUCAAAGGUUGACCACUGAAUCUGAGAUAUGUGCAAUCAAUUCGAAGCUAAACGCUUCUCUUGAUCAGGCUAGCGAUAUCCAUGAAGAGGACCACAAAAUAAUUCAAAAUGAACCUGAUUCACCAAUUGUGAAUGAUCUUGCCUUACCCAAAAAAAGCUCCGAGGCGAGUGAAACCAAUCUCAAGAACGAGUUGGAGAGGUUGUUAAAGGAUCAAGAACGUAAUAAAGUGGAGUUAGCUCGCUGUACAGCGGCUUUGGGAACAGAUAACCUUAUAGAACGCAUGCCAGAGAUCCUGCACUUGAAAUUUAAGCAGCGUCAAAUUGCUCUGCAGAUUUCUAAAAUCAAUUCCAAGUUAAAUGCUGCUCAAGCUUUUCCUAUUGCCGAUAAUCUAGCUGUGUCCAAAAAAAGCUCCGAUAAGCAUGAGGCUGAUCUCAAGAAAGAGUUGGAGAA